AUGGCCGAUGAUUAUCUACUAGGGCGGGAUCUAUAUGGGUCUAUGAGACUGGACGCACAGCAUCUUCUAUGGAAGCUGUACAAAGGUUAUAAUCUCCACCCAGCAAUCUCGGCGACUGAAGAUAUGAAGAUUGCAGAGAUUGGAACCGGAACUGGAAUAUGGCUGCUGGAUGUAGCUUCUCAGGUCUCCAAAAACGCUCAAUUGGACGGAUUUGAUUUGUCUGAAGAUCAAUUCCCUCAUAGAUCUGCUUGGCCGGAAAAUGUGACCUUUCGCACGCUUGAUGCCUUUGGUGAAGUGCCAGAAGAGCUUGUUCACAGAUACGAUGUUGUCCACCUCCGAUUCUGGUGUUGUGUCGUGAGAAACAAUGACCCGAGUGGGCUUAUUCGCCAUGCCGAACGGCUAUUGAAGCCUGGGGGGUAUAUUCAAUGGGAGGAUGCCGAUGUUGGAAAAACUUUGGUUCGUGGCGAUGUGGCCGAAAGGUUCAGGCAAAUCGUGAAACCGAUUUUCGUGGCGGUAAACUUUGAAUAUGGUGUCAGCUGGCUCAGUGAUCUAAAGGACCGCGUCCAGCAGCAUGGCUUGGAUGUCUUGGAAAGUGAAUUAGGAACGAUCCCUCCUACUCUCGUUCCGCUUUGCACUUCAACCUAUCUGACAGGGCACAUGGAGCUUUUUAAGGCCGCAUCAAAUUUCCCGGGAUUGGAUAUUCCGUCUGAGAGCGCACGCAUGAAGCUGUUGGUGGAACUUAUGACUGAGGUAAAGCGUGGCGCAGCAUACCACUGGCUUCCUAUCACUCUUCUUGCGCAGAAACCCUUAGUUUAUUAG